CGAGCUCGUAGUUACUGGCUAACUAUGAAAGACAAGCUGACGAUACAGCGGUAGUUUAUUGAAGGUAGGGUCGGUAUCGUAGCUAAUAGAAAUAGUUUGUGUUGGCACUAGCAGUUAAGGCUAACUUUACGUUAGCAACCCCACGAUUAGCUAGCUACUGUUAAAUCUAAAUGUUCAUUUUAAGUUUACACAGCUAACAUUAUCGAACGCACAAUACAUUUGGUUGUAACGUUAGAUCGCAUUUAAGUUCAAGAGAUAACAGUAGUUGGGAAGUUUAACUCGCGUCGAGAAAUCAUGGCGUCGAUGCGGUUUAGUUCGACAACAUAUGCAGAGGAGCAGUUCUGACUCUGGGCUGUCAACAAGCUCGCUGACGUUAGCUAUCCUGGCUAGCCAGCUAGCUCUCUUGCUACCAUGGCCAAAAUAGAGAACGGUCGUCAAUCAGUGGACACAAGGAGUAUCCGGACUAUCAGCAGCAGUCACCUCGACGAUGAAAGCUCUUUGGGAUCAGACUCCGAGAUCAACGGAUUCACCAGCGACAGACAAACCGAUAAAUAUGGAUUCAUUGGUGGGGCACAGCAGCACACGGAGGAGUCAGCUCAGGAUUUGCCCCCAGAGGUGCUCAGGCAAAGAGAGGUGAAAUGGCUCGACAUGCUCAGCCACUGGGACAAGUGGAUGAUCAAGAGAUUCAAUAAGGUAAGGCUGCGGUGCCAGAAAGGAAUUCCUCCUUCUCUCCGAGGCCGUGCAUGGCUCUUCUUGUCAGGGGGGAAGGUGAAGAAAGAGCAGAACCAAGGAAAGUUUCAGGAGCUGGACAGCCAGCCUGGGGACCCCAAAUGGAUAGAUGUGAUUGAGAAAGACCUCCAUCGGCAGUUUCCUUUCCAUGAGAUGUUUGUGUCACGGGGAGGACACGGGCAGCAGGACCUGUUCCGUGUUCUUAAGGCCUACACUCUGUACAGACCAGAGGAGGGAUACUGCCAGGCUCAGGCUCCCAUCGCUGCUGUGUUGCUUAUGCACAUGCCUGCUGAGGAUGCCUUCUGGGGGCUGGUCCAAAUUUGUGAGAAGUACCUUCCUGGCUACUACAGCCCUGGCCUGGAAGCUAUACAGCUAGAUGGAGAGAUCCUGUUCGCUCUGCUGCGCCGCGUCUCCCCGCUAGCCUACCGCCAUCUGGAGAAACACAAGAUCGACCCCAUCCUCUACAUGACUGAGUGGUUCAUGUGUGCCUUCUCCAGGACGCUGCCCUGGGCCUCUGUGCUGCGCGUCUGGGACAUGUUCCUCUGUGACGGAGUGAAGAUAAUCUUGCGUGUGGGUUUGGUGCUGCUGAAGUGCAUGCUGGGGACCCGGGAGAAGCUGAAGGCCUGCCAGGGACAGUAUGAGACCAUGGAGCUUCUCAGGGCCAUAGAGCCUCGAUACAUGCAGGAGGGCUUCCUCGUCCGAGAGAUUCUGGAGGUGCCAGUGACAGCGCGAGACGUGGAAAGGGAGAAUCACACCCAGCUGAAGCGCUGGAAGAAGAACCGCGGAGAGCUGAAUUUCAAAUCCCCCCCGAGGAUGCACGGCGCUCGGAUCAUCAUGCUGGCCGAGCCGCCGAGACGCCAGGACCUCCAGCAGAACCCCACCAUUGUACUUGAGGUGCCUCAGCCCACCCCGCAGCUGAAGAAGGGGAAGGAGGAGAGGAAAAGCAAGAAGAAGAAGAGCAUUAAGAAGUCCCAGCCCAUUGUGGAGAUCCCUAAUCCUUACUCUCUUCCCAGCGACCCCCCACCUCCUCCACACUCGGAUCCACCAGCUCCACCUGCAGUCAGCAGCGAGACGCCACAGACUGAAACAGACCCACCUCACCAGCAGCAAGAGCCUCCUACACACCUUCCCCCUGCCAAAGAAUCUCCUCUGCAACGAUCCACACAAAGCCUUAGCAGCACAGAUCAGGAUACAUACCUGUAGGCGUGUGCGUGUGUGUGUGUGUGUGUGUGUGUGUGUGGCACAAGCACCCUUAGGCCAACGAUCAGCCAGCCUUGCCAAGGUCUAUUAUUCCAUUGUUUGACCGAUUAGUGUUAAUUUGAUUAAUUUUAGACACCAUUUUGCCUAUAUUAUCGAUAUACACUAGAGCACCAUUGCUAAGUGUACACCUAUUUUGAUGCUUACGCCAUUUCUCCACAUGAAGCUGAUGUUACCUCCUGUUGAUGCUGUCAUUCAGAACAUAAGUCUUAGUAUUCUGUUUGCAAGGGAGACGUGUUACGGAGUUAUUGGGAGCAAAGCCAUUUCUUCAGAGCAGUGUGGUUUAAAUGGGACUAAGAGAACAAUGAGGUGCCACAGCUUAUGCAGUUUUGUUUUUUUUCUAUACAUUUCCACUCAAAUUCAACACUAUCGAGUUCAUGGGUAAUACCGUGCAGCAGUGGACGUAAAAGUCCAAACUACAGGCUUUUCAACUUCUUAAGCCUUUCUAUUUCAUGAGGGGUUUUGUUCACUAGAGGGCAGCCUGGCAGAGGUGUAUGCUGUCACACUCCCUGUUAGUAAAGCUGACCACAGCAGGGGUGGGAUUCCUAUCAGGAUUCACUUACUUUGGGAGGUAUUAAUCCAAGUUUUUUUUUCAGUAAGAAAACUUGUGCAUAUCAUGUUUUAUAUUCUUAAAUUUUAAUUGAAAAUCCUCUUUUCUGAAUCCAGGAAAUUGAGUCACACCACACUGUGUUCCUGCAAGUCUUUUUCCUACAAGCGCUAUUUAUUUAAAGAACAGUUUAAACAUGAAAUGUGUUGUUCAUGCAUGCCCUGCUAGUGCACAAAAGCUCUUUGUUUUUUUUUCCAGAGUCCGUAGAAUUGAUGUUUUAACUCCCAAUAUUCUCUGUGCCAGGCACUUCCAGCCACUUUAGCGCAGCAGUAAUUCACGUUGCUCUGGCAGCAGAGAGGAGAACACUGGACAUUCCUAACAGCAUGACCCAUUCCUGCCUUGUUAAAAGCUUGUCGGUCUAAAAACCGUCUCUUGCCAAUUGCAAAUCUGUGUAAUGUAUGUAUUUGUGCAUGUGUUUGCUGUGACAUCUUGGACAGCGAGUGAGUGCAAAUCACCGCAAAAUGGUGCUGACCUUCCGCUUGGCUUUGCUCAAAUAUCCAACUGGAGCAAAGAAGGUCUUGUUUAAAAAUAUGUUUGCUAGAAUUUCCAAAGCCGAAUCAAGACUGUUGUUUUGAGAUGACCUCCGACCGCUACCUGUGACCAAGCGUAUUCUAUUAGUACAGUCGAGAGGGAUUAAGUGAUUUCAAGAUUUCUUUGGGAUUUUUUUUUUUUUUUAAGCAUUUCUCUGUUGAAAAUCUGGCUCAUUUCUUUGGGAGAUAUGUAGACAUGCAAGGCUUUUUUUUUUCUUCUUCAAAACAUAUUUGACAAUCUUUUUUUUGUUAUGGUCCAAGUCUAUUUUCUAACUUUCAUCACAAUGAUAAAAGGUCAAGGGAGUUUUGACAAGCAUAAGCACACGUGUAAGAUGUGUUUGUGUAUAUAAUUAAUAUUAAAAAAAGUCUGCUAAAAGAUGCAUUUGUUGGGUCAGUUAUAAAAAAAAAACAAUGCUGUUUAAAAUAACACAUUUUUAAGCAGCCAUUUGCCUUUAUGCAAUAGUCUUUUAGUUGCUUAUAUUACACACCUCACAUUUCGCUGAUGUUACAUUUUAAUUUAAUGCUCAUUGUGUAGAUACAUGUAAAAUAACAAUUUGUUUUGUAUUGAAAUCUAUUUUCAAUGUGAUAUGCUAUAUUUUGUCGAGCAGUUACAGAAACUGCACUGGUGACAUCUCUAAAUCAUUCGAAGUGUCGGACAGUAUACCCUCAAUCAACAUUUGUAACACUAGAAAAAUCUGAUCUUUUGCAAGUGAAAAUGUUUUUUUUUAUACUCUAAGACGGACUGGUAUUAUUUUUACCAUUCACAUUAGGGUUGUAAAAAAGAUGUUUAACAACCAAGAGGCAGUACGCAUCAUCAUGAGUUUCAACUUUACAAAUAAAUUUGUGUUUAAAGCCAACUUAAAACCA